GCGCCUUUAGUAUCUUGCAUGUCAACAAGAAGCAGAUGAGUGUGUAGCACUCUGUACUUUCUACUAGAAACAGCUCAUGCAUGAUAACAGUGACACGCUUGAUUCGAGGGAGCACACGGCUGUCUUUCAUCACACCGUUUAACAGCCGUUAACGUAAAUUCUAACCGACAUGGCUCCGUUCAGUUUAAUGUCAGCUAGCGUUAGCCUGCUAGCUAAGUCCUUCAAUGUCUUCUCCUGCACAAGCUGUCUGGCAAGCUCUAGGUUUACUGGAGUCCUACCAUCUGUUUACAUCAACCAAGUGAAAUUUCUGACGUCCCAGGCUAGCAGCCCUCCAAAAAGGCCACUGAACGGUUACAUGAGAUAUGUUAUUCAGCAACAGCCAGUCGUAACCAGACUAAACCCAGAAAUCAAAAGAGUGGAUAUCAUCAGGAAGAUCGCCCAACAGUGGAGAACCAUGAGCCCUGAUCAGAAACAGCCAUUUGAGGAAGCCUCUCUGCGGGCCAGGGAGCAGUUUAAGAUAGACUUUGAGCGCUACCAGGCCCAGUUGACCCCAGCACAGAUCCAGCAACAAAUCCAGGAGAAAAGGCAAAGGAUGGCCAAGAGGAAGGCCAUCCGUAAGAAGAGGGAGUUAACCGUUCUGGGGAAGCCCAAACGUCCUCGCUCUCCGUUCAACAUCUUCAUGUCGGAGCACUUUGAGGAGGCCCGAGGAAGCACCACACAGGCAAAGAUGAAGUCUCUGUUGGAGGACUGGAAGAACAUGUUAGGCCAUCAGAAGAAGGUCUAUGCACAGCUGGCUGAGGAUGACAAAGUCCGCUACAAGAAUGAGAUGAAGUCGUGGGAGGAGCACAUGGUGGAGCUCGGACGAGAAGACUUGAUCAGAGAAAAGACCCGGCCUGCCAAGAAAAAAGCUCCUGUCAAAGCUCCUGCCAAGAAAAAAGGAACCAAGAAGGUGAAAGUAGUGAAGAAGACCACUGCAACAGCAAAGUCAAAAACAACCAGGAAGACAACAAAAAGUCCCCCCAAGAAAGCUGUCAGGAGUACCAAAAAGACGUAAGAUGUGUUUACCUACUGAGUGUAGAAGGGAAAAGGUGUUCAUGACAGCUGCAGACAGAUGUUUUGAGGAUCCAGGGCUGUGCUCUGAUUGUUUUUUUCCCUACGACUCAAAAGACAAGUUAUCAGUUGUCAUGAACACUUCUUAGGUUCACUGUUUCAGCAUUCAGAUAGUCUCACAACAUCCCAUCAGUGCCUCACUUCAGUGACAAUAACAACAAAUCCCUGAAAGCAGGCUUUUUAUAAGACCCUCUCUAUAAAUACACCCUUGCUUUAAUUGGUUGGUUCAAUCCCCCAGAUAGUGUUCACAGGACUGUGGAUUUCAGAAAAUGUAGACAUUUGAAUGAGGCGUUUAAGUGACUAUAGGAGAUGUGGAUACUGUGUAAACUUCAGGCUUUUCUGAUUGUAAGCACAGUAUACUUGGAGGAAUGUGAAGGUUAAUGUUGCUGUUUAAAGUAAAAGAUAAGACUGCUGUUAUUCAGUAUUUUCUCUACUGUUCAAGAGUUCCACAAACCAACAUGUUAAUGUGGAUUCCCUACACUGUCUCCAAGCCUGCUGCUUAAAAACACAACAAAUAUAUAGUUUGAUUUUUAAAACGUCAUUUACUGGAAACAGCUGAUCUAUGACUUCAAACAGGAGAAAAAGGAUUUCCAGGACUGUGGCAACAGGACUGUGUGAGACUGCAGUGUGUGUGUCACAAUAAUUAACAGUAACAUGCCACCCAGUGCACAAGUGUGGCUUACUGAUGGCUAGUAUAGUCUUUGGAGCUCUAUCACAUGAAGCAUCACAGUGUUGCUAUUGAGAAAACACAAUACCACAUGUUGGUUUUGUGGACAGUAAGAAAAAUAGAAUAAGUGCAGUCUUGUCCUUCAGAGAGAGAGAGAGAGAGAGUCACCUGUAGAAUGUGCAGCUUGUUGUUGGCCAGUGUUCAGUAACUUUCUACUCUGUGAAAAGUAGAUUUUGUUGCAGAUUUACAGAAGGCUUGCACUUUGGGGUUCCCACCAAUAUAACCUGACUGAAUUCGUCCUGGCUGUUAUUACUGUACCAUAAGCUUGUAUACCUGCAACUCUCAAACUGUGAAAUACUGUAAUAUCAAUUGACAUUUUGGUUUUUAUAUAUCAGAAGUUCCAAAUUAUGUAUUUCUCCAAUUCAGUCUUUUGUUCUGUUAACAACUGUAAAAACUCUGUUAUGGUUGAUAAUAAAAUGAGAUUUCUUCCACAGUGUUUUCAUCUAAAUAAUGAUGUUUUGAUGGCAUAAAGGUCAUAUCAAAUACCAGCUGAAAACCACUUCAGUUCAUACGUGGUACAAAAGAACCUUCCAUUAUGUUUAAGGAAUGUUAGCUAUGAAGAACACACUCUCAGUAUUGACACUUCCUUCUGUCUGUAGAAUGUAUGUGCAAACAUUCAGACACCAUUAGCUCCAGUUUGUCUGUGUAUCAUGUAUUUACUGA